UCGCGUUCUCUUCCAUUCCUCCACUUGUGGUAUAUUCUUAGCUCAUCUCACACUCUCUCACACACACGCAAGAAGAAGAAAGCAAAAUCAGAUAGUUACGGUAUAUUAACAUGGGCUCGAUGAGUGGUUGGAUCUUGUCUGCGAAGGUGCUUCUGAUUUCAGCUGGAGUUGUGGCUUUAGCAAUGGGGUUGAAAUUUUCUGUUCCGGUCGCAGUGAAUGGAAUUCCGGCCAUCUGGUCCAUCAUUCUCUCAUGGAUGAAGCCUCCUUAUUUGUAUAUAAUCAUCAACGGCAUCAUCAUCACCAUAGCUGCGUCCUCGCGCUUCCACCAGAGCCAAUCGGAACAGCCUGCAGCUCGAUCUGAGCACUUGAUUUCAGUCAAAACUCCUCCGCCGUCGAGUUUUGCAUCGUUUUCAGCUCAGAUGGAUAUUAUGAGUGUUGUCCAGCAACCGACGACGGCUGUAGAGGCGGAAGUUGUGGUGUCAGAGGUUGAGGAUGAUACAGUUGUUGAAUUGAAACCUGUGAUGGUGAACGGUGCGAAGAUCGAUUUUGAUAUCAAAACAGAAGAAGAGAUUGUGGUUGAAACUCAAGCUGAAGCUGAGGAUGUGUUUGUUGAUUCGACGACGUCCACGUACAACACCCUGCCGCAGAAGAUAAUUUCGCAGCAACUUCAAGUGGAAUCUCUCUUGCCGGUACGGGAGAAACCUCUCUUGCCGGUACAUGAGAAACCUCCGGCUUCUUCCAGGUUCGGACACCGGAGGCCAAUCAGGAACAGUCCUGAAGUUUCAGGUGUGAGGUCUCUGAAAGUGGCGAAGCCGAAGAGGCAGGAGACACUGGAGAGCACAUGGAAGAUGAUAACGGAGGGCCGUCACGUGCCGCUCACGAGGCACCUGAAGAAGUCGGACACGUGGGAGCACCAGCAUCCCCCCAUCGUAGAUCAGGUGACCAAAUCGGAGACGUUCAAGGAGCGCAGCAACUACGAGUCGCCGGCGGCUGCAAGUUUGAGGAUCCGAAAGGAACCGUCGCUGAGUCAGGAGGAGUUGAAUCGGCGAGUGGAGGCGUUCAUCCACAAAUUCAACGAGGAAAUGAGGAUGCAGAGGCAAGAAUCAUUGAACCAGUACAUGGAGAUGAUAAACCGUGGGGUCUAAUUCUAGUACGCUUGUCCAGUCCAUCCCACCCCGCCUCUAUUAAAUUUGCCUUACUUAUUGCGAAUAGUGAGAUAUUUCAAGAUAUUUUAGUUACUAUUCAAAAGAAAAUCAAAGAAGGAUUGAUUACUAUGAUAAAAAAAAGACAAGUGUUGUCUAGAUUUUGAUGUGGAGGGUUUUUAAAAUGUAGGAGAAAAGGUUGAACAAAUUUUGAGUUGGGUAGCUGCAGCUUGGAUAUACAGACUAAUGAAUCACAGAAAAAAAGAAGAAAAUAUAUGUAAAGGAACAAUGACAAAUGUAUUAACUGUUGAAUAUUUUGUUAUGGUCCAUGGAUUUUAAUUCAUGCCCAUACUACCAUUUACAAUAAUAUGGAUGCGUAUAUAUGUGUUUCUACUU